AUGGAUCGAAGCGAAGAAGAGAUGAGAUUCGUGGGAUUCUUCGGCAUCUUCAAACAAUCGUUCAAAACCAUCUUCUCCUUGAAGAAGAUCUUCGCUCAAAUCACUCUCACUUUAAUCCUUCCUCUCACAAUCGUCUUCUUCGCUCACAUGGUGAUUUCCCAUUUUCUGUUCUGGAAAAUCGAGAGCAAUGCAUUGUUGGUUGAUCCUGAUACGAAUCGAAAUCGAGCAACCAUCAAAGAUUGGCUCUACUACUGGCUAUUCAAGAUCAUCUAUUUCACAAUCCUCACCGUCUUCUCCCUCCUCUCCACCGCCGCCGUCGUCUUCACAAUCGCCUCAGUUUACACCGGCAGGGAAGUCGUCUACAAAAAGGUAAUGAAAGUUGUUCCGAAGGUUUGGAAACGUCUCUUCGUCACUUUCGUCGAUAUCUAUCUCGCCCUCUUCUUCUACAACAUCAUCGGCGGUGGCGCCAUGGUUAUAUGCAGAUCCAUUUUAGGAUUCUCAGUCCUUGGUUCAAUCCUUUUGCUGAUCAUCCUCAUCGUCUACCUUUUCGGUUUCUUAUACCUUAGCGUUGUUUGGCAAUUGGCAAGUGUGGUUACCGUUCUGGAAAACAGCCAUGGACUUAAAGCGAUGAAAAAGGGCAAGGAUCUGAUGAAAGGGAAGAAGAAAUUGGGAAUGGGGAUUGCAUUCGUUUUGUAUGUAAUUUUGGUGGGAAUUGUUGUCGUGUACGAAUUGUUUGUUGAAUAUGGAGAUGAAAUCUUCAGAUGGGCGAUGGUGUGGAGGGUGAUGAUGGGAAUCUUAUGUGGGUUGUUACUGGUGAUGUUGUUCCUUCUUUUCUUCGUCACACAGACGGUGCUUUAUCUCGUCUGCAAAUCUCAUCAUCGGGAAGCCAUUGAUAAGCUGAGCUUAUCGACUUAUUUGGGUGCUUAUACGGGGGAGACGGUGGUUUACCCCAACGCCGGCGAAGAAAUUCAGCUCGGAAGACCCCAAUCUCAACCAGUUUGA